CCCCCCCCCCUGGAGACAUAAGCGGUGCUGCAGGUGCCCGGGAUUGGCACGGUAUUAGGGGUGCCCGGAGUAUCAGCAUCAGCUUCUCCUCCUCCCAGUCCUGCGCAUCAUUCUCGCUGGCUCUGCCCCCUCCUCCAAUUGGCGCUCGGUGCGACUGUUACUAAGGCAGUUUCUCUGCUCCCUCAGCCUCCUCCGCCGACCCUGCCGCCGCAAGUGCGAAGCUUCUCAGUGCGACCAGUCUUACCCGACGCCCUGGCUUUUUUUGUGUGGGUGCGGGGAUGGGCACAGCAAGGCCCUGGCACCCUUAUGCCCUGGAAUCCAGCCUCCUGAGACCGCACCCUCACUGCUCCCCCCCAGGCUGGGUGUAAUGCCUCCCAAAUAACCUCCCUACCCAUCAGCACCACCACCUGGGGGGGCAGCCUGUCCUCCUGCCGAUCUGCACAUGUGAUGCCCAUGUAGUGCCCCCCUUCAGCCCACCGUGAUGGCACAGACUGGAGUCAAGCGACAGAAAGCGCAUGUUCUGGGAAUCUGUAUCAAAACCUGCUUUCUGCCUUUUUUCGUGGUUUCAGUCUGUGGAGAAGAGAAGUCCUUCAUAGUGGAGCGCUGGUUGAAAACAUAUGGCUAUUUGCUUCCGUACGACAUCAGAAUAUCCAUCUUACAAUCAGGAAAAGCUAUGCAGUCGGCCGUCUCAGCAAUGCAGCAGUUCUACGGGAUUCCGGUGACCGGAGAGCUGGACCAAAUGACCAUUGAGUGGAUGAAGAAGCCUCGCUGUGGAGUUCCUGACCAUCCUCAUUUAAGCCAUAGAAGAAGGAAUAAGAGAUAUGCACUAACAGGACAAAAGUGGAGGCAAAAGCACAUUACAUACAGUAUACACAACUAUACCCCUAAAGUAGGAGAGCUUGACACCAGGAAAGCGAUCCGUCAGGCGUUUGACGUGUGGCAGAAGGUGACUCCUCUAACAUUUGAAGAAAUUCCCUACUCAGAGAUCAAAAAUGAAAGGAAAGAGGCGGAUAUCAUGAUAUUUUUUGCUUCUGGUUUUCAUGGAGACAGUUCUCCGUUUGAUGGAGAAGGCGGAUUCCUGGCACACGCUUACUUUCCUGGCCCGGGUAUAGGAGGAGAUACACAUUUUGACUCUGAUGAACCUUGGACUCUUGGGAACUCCAAUCAUGAUGGAAAUGAUCUGUUCCUAGUUGCUGUCCAUGAGCUUGGCCACGCCUUAGGAUUGGAACAUUCCAAUGAUCCCAGUGCAAUCAUGGCUCCUUUCUACCAGUACAUGGAAACUCAUAAUUUCAAGCUUCCCCAGGAUGAUUUACAGGGAAUCCAGAAAAUCUAUGGGCCCCCUGCAGAAACCAUGGAGCCGACCAGACCUCUUCCCACUCUCCCACCACGACGGAUCCAUUCCACCUCUGAAAGGAAACAUGAAAGGCAGCCAAGGCCCCCACGACCGCCUCUCGGAGACAAGCCACCCAGUACAGGCUCCAGGCCAAAUAUAUGUGAUGGAAAUUUUAAUACCGUGGCUCUCUUUAGAGGAGAAAUGUUUGUUUUUAAGGAUCGUUGGUUUUGGCGCCUUCGUAACAACAAGGUACAGGAAGGUUACCCAAUGCAGAUUGAACAGUUCUGGAAAGGACUCCCACCUAAAAUAGAUGCAGCUUACGAACGAUCGGAUGGCAAGUUUGUUUUUUUCAAAGGAGACAAGUACUGGGUCUUUAAGGAGGUCACAGCUGAGCCAGGUUAUCCCCACAGCCUUGUAGAGCUGGGAAGCUGUCUCCCGCGGGAAGGAAUAGACACGGCCUUGCGCUGGGAGACCUUUAGCAAAACCUACUUCUUUAAGGGAGACCGAUACUGGAGAUACAAUGAAGAAAAAAGAGUAGUAGAUUCAGGGUACCCCAAGCCAAUCACAAUAUGGAAAGGAAUUCCAGAAUCACCUCAAGGAGCUUUUGUGAGCAAAGAAGGAUCAUACACAUAUUUCUAUAAAGGAAGAGAGUAUUGGAAAUUUGAUAACCAAAGGCUAACUGUGGAGCCAGGCUACCCCCGUUCGAUUGUCAAAGACUGGAUGGGCUGUAACCAAAAAGAAGUCAAAAACAGUAAAGACCGCCAACUGCCUCACGACGAUGUGGAUAUUAUGGUCACCAUCAACGACGUGCCCAGUACAGUAAACGCUAUAGCCGUGGUCAUCCCAUGUAUAUUGUCCUUGUGUAUCCUCGUCUUGGUAUAUACUAUAUUCCAAUUUAAGAACAAAGGGGUCCAACAGAACGUAACCUAUUAUAAACGUCCGGUGCAAGAGUGGGUAUGACAUGACCUGGAAUGUUUUUUUUGGAUUAUUUUUAGUUUAAAUGAGGGCUAACAGGAUGCUGGGAUCAGAAGUCCAGGACCAUCAGUCAGACUUUACUGCAGAUCACAUAAAUAACGAUCCCAGUGUUACCAGUAAGGAGGGACACCGCUCAGUACGUAGGUGGCCUUAAACAGUGGAACUUCUUCCAUUCUUACUGCCUCAUACCAAUCUUUUUCUAGUGUGCCAUUUUUAAGGAUCACAUUGUGAGCUGGAGAUUCCAUUGCUGGAAUUUCUUGUCAAAACUGGACGGAAUUAUCUGGCUGAGAACACAUCUCCAAACCAGCUUUCUCCACCGAAGUUUGAUAUUUCUUAAUGAACUUGUUUUUACUGACACGAAACGAUGCGUGUUAUUCCAGUAUGGCUCAGAACGAUCACUGCAAUAUAUCUGAGCAAAGAACAAUGAGGCGUGGGUCCUUUUUACCCUGAGAUAAGGCACAAAGACUAGCACAUCAGGGAACCAGAUGUUUUUAAAUGCACAAAAAGGAACUCACUCCAGUUUUUUUUUCCAAUCCCUGCUGGUCAGAAUUAUUACAUACAGUGGUUGUUAAAUAUAGAUUAUUGAAUUUGGAAUGAAACUGCUUGCCUAAAGAAAUUGUUAUGAGAGUCACCAAAUGAUGUCUGUCUUUCAGGGUUUCCAUCUCUGACAUCAGAGAAUAGAGGAUUUAAAAAAAAAAAAAUCAUAUUCACCCUUGACGAUAUCUGGUUUAUGUUGUAUUCAUGUAGAAGCAAGAAAGCGAAAUAAAAAUUCAAAAUCAAAACACGGCAUUGUGGAGUUAUGACAAGUAAGAAUAAACUCGUAACAAUGUCUGAUUGCAGUUUUAGUGUUAAGUACUGUAUUAAAAACACUCUACUUUUCAAAGGGAAUGUUCACAUUUUAUGUAAGAAGAAGUUGGUCUCAACGCAAUGCUGGUUUUUAUUUACAAGGAAAAUUCUAAACCUCUGCCAUUUUUGAUUUCAGAGCUACUUCUGCAUUUUACUAAGAUUUUAUUUAAUACGUGGGUGCUCCAGGAGUGUCAUUAUUAGAAGUAGUAUUCAGCUUAGUCCGAGAACAUGCUGGAGGGUGUUUUCUAGAACAAAGGUAUAAGGUCUGUGUGUAUGUCAUGCAUAUUAUAUCUGGAUGGGUAAAAUGGAGUGCAAUUUAGAAUGUCAGUGUUGAUGCAUGUGAGUGGCACAAUCGAGCUUGCCUCUCUAUAGCCGUGCUGUAUUCUAUUUUGUAGGCUAGUAAUUGUCAACCUGGAGCAGUUUCAGAAUGACCACUUACCUGCAUUCAGAUUGCACGUAAAUGUCACAGGUUGAUGGUCACGGCUUGAGGCCACCUAUUGGGUACAAUGACCCAUUCAUAUAGUGUACGUGGGCAAAUCGUAGACAUACCAGCUGCUUGGCUCAGGGAACAUCAAAUUGGCUCUUUUGAGGUGACAUUUUAAACAGAAAGUGGUUGUAGAGGAAGGUAGAGCUCCAAAAUAAGUGCAUGUGGCAGGGAUCCCCAACCUUUAGAACCUGUGAGCAACAUUCAGAAGUAAAAGGAGUUGUGGAGCA